AUGUCGGAUACCUCAUAUUUGGGAGGCGCUGGCCUACCGGAUGUCAAUCAAGGAUGGCGCAUUCUCCUAGCGACGGGCAUUACAACAUUCGUGGCAUUAAUACUCGUGCUGGCGCGGUUCUACGUGCGCAUUUUCAUUAUUCGCAAUGUCGGAUGGGACGACUAUACGAUGGCCUUGACUAUGCUACUGUCCUUGUGCGGAUUUGCGAUCAUUGUCCCAGAGGGCAUCUACCUCUGGGCCAUUGGCUUGGUUAAAGUAUCAAUUGGAUUGUUUUUGCUUCGUUUCGCGCCCCAGAAGGGAUACAAGAUCUUUAUAUGGGUGGUAAUCGUCCUCAUGACGCUAUAUACCGCGAUUUGCUUCUUGACCCUCGUAUUUGAAUGCAAGGACAUCCGGACAAACUGGGACAAAAAUGUGGUGUCGGAGUGCUUCUCUUCUAGACAACUUCUGAUACUGAGCUAUACCAACACUGCGUUAAACAUCCUAACUGAUUUGAUCUUCGCCUUGUUGCCAAUAUUUAUGCUGCGUCAUCUUCAAGUCAACCGCCGAGUCAAGGCUUCUCUGGUUUGUAUCUUAGGUUUGGGAAUUUUUGCCUGCGCCGCCGCCUUCGUCAAGAUCUCCAUCUUACCCAACUACGGCCGCAACGGAGAUUUCCUCUGGGAUUAUACGAACCUCACAAUCUGGGUCGUUACUGAAUGCAACACUGGCAUAAUGGCAGGCAGUCUCCCAACUCUAAAACCACUCUUCAAACGGGUCCUCGGCACAUACGGUUCCCGAUCAAAAACAACACGCGAAUACCACGGCAGCAAGCAGUACAAGCUACGAUCGAUGUCAAGAUCCCGCGGCGAACAAUUACACUCCCAUGGCCAUCUCACCGGCAACCUCAGUGUCAUCGAACAUGACGACGAUAUCAAAAUCCCUAGAUCGAACAUUCCCUCCGGCAAUACUUCAUUGAGUCGCGAGGAAGAAUUCGCCAACACUGCCGCCCGCUCCGAGUCCAACUAG